GUACCCGAUAUUUUCAAAUUUCAUGAACGGCAACGCUCGUUCGCAGACGUUGUGGAAUCGUCAUCACAGACAUCUGCUCUUUGCUGUAGUUCUGUUGACAUCGUCGCGUCGCUCAACAGACGUCACACGAUGCGUCUGACGCCAACGGAAGAAAUAUAAGUCGAGCUCACUUUUGUAAACGGAAAAAAAGCCGAACUUUCGAACAUUUAGACAAAUAAGUGACUCAAAUUGUUUUACGUAAAUUCAUUGACUUUUAUUUGUAUUUCGCACGUAUACACAGGUUUAUCGCUGCUUUCUUUUGGAUAAAAGAUCGGAGUAAUUCUUCCAAAUCAGCACAUUCGCGCUCAAGUAGGAACUAGGAACCUUAAUGAUGAACUCCCCGUCGCUGACGGAAGGAAAUUGAAGACGAACCUACUUCUGUAAACGGGAAGCGACGAACUUCCAUGGCUGCUGGGACGCCGUCGCUGCUUUUCAUUAGUUCGAGUGCAGGUUUCCCUUCGUGUCGUUUCUCUGGCGAUGGGUCGCAGCAGAUCGCCCGACAGAGCCGACAGAGAUAAGAAGAAGAAGAAACGGAGACGGUCCUCCUCUUCUUCAACAUCCUCGUCGUCUCCGUCGUCGUCUUCGUCCAACAGCAGGGCUCGGAGCAGGUCGUCAAAGAAAGGGGCUCACAAGGACCAAGAUGUGAAAACUCAGAGAAAGAAGCGCAGAAGAAACUCCUCGUCCUCCUCCUCCUCUUCAUCGUCCUCUUCCUCCUCAUCGAGUGACGAGAAGACAAAGAGGAAGAAGAGCAAAGGUAAGAAGAAGAAGCUGAAGAAGAAAAAGGCGAAGGCGAAGAAACAGAGGAAAAAGGAGAAGAAGAGGAAAGAGAAGCUGAAGAAGGAGACGAAGGAGAAGAAGAGAGCGGAGGGACUGUCGACCACCACCCCUCCAGCAGAGAAACCUCCGCCUUUCCUGGACGUGUGGCAGAGUGACGAGGGGGCGGUGGAGCUCGGACCUGUGAUGACAGAUGAGCAGAAGGCCCGGCUCUCCACCAAGAGGCCCCUCACCAAGGAGGAGUACGAGGCCCGGCAAAGUGUGAUCCGCAGGGUGGUGGACCACGAAACAGGACGGACCAGACUGGUGCGAGGAGAGGGAGAGAUCAUAGAGGAGAUGGUCAGCAAAGAAAAACACAAAGAGAUCAACAAGCAAGCCACCAAGGGCGACGGGAACGCCUUCCAGAGGAAGCUGGGAGUCAACAGGUAGAGGAGGCAGUCGUUUCCUUCACGGAAAUCAAACCACCUUCCUCAAGAAGAGGUUGCCCACACUGCUGAUACUGACAGUUCUACGAAGAACACAUUUUCAGAAAAUCUAUGGAUUGUGUAUUUGGUUCACAUUUUAUAUGAAAGUUUUGUCUGUGAUUGAAGUGUGCAGUUGUGAAUGGCCUAAAUAACACGCACAUAGUUUACUGUUGAUGUACACGGAGUUCAAAGUUCAAAGUCUUGAUCUACUAUUGAUUUGCCUUUUUUAAGUUUCUGCUGAUCACAAGAGAAACAGAUGAGUUAUUUGAAUUUAAAUGUCCAUGUUUAAAACAUUUCAUUGAGUAAAUGUAAGUAACAAUCAAUCUUGAAUAAAUUCCAGACUCAGGGUUUUUGAUAUUGA